AUGCUAGUUGAAAUUGCAAGCCGACCUUCCAUCCAAGAAAGCACCUUGGCGCAGCGGCAGCGCGCCGGGCUCAUAACCCGGAGGUUAUAUCAGCUAUUCUUUCUCAUUAGUCGUUGCUCAAGAUGUCGCCUUGCCGUGACUUUCAUAUUGCGGAGCAAGAAUAUAAUUCUGGCGGUCCGAAAGGGGGCCAAAACUCUCCCCGGGACCAUCGUGGAUGCCAUCGAAGUAUCAGUCCGUCUCGGCAUCUACUAUCUCUGGAUCGAUUCCUUGUGCAUCAUCCAAGAUGACCCAGAGGAUGUUGCGAGAGAGAUCAACAAGAUGGCCGACAUAUAUCAGGGAACAACAGUCACCAUCUCAGCGGCGAGCUCUUCUUGCUAUCGUGAUGGGUUUUUGAAUACUCGCCAAGCACACGUACAAAGCAAGCCAAAGUUCAAGUUUCCUUUAACAUGUUUGGAUGGCAAAUUGAGUACAGUCUUCCUGCUCCUUCACCAGUCUGGAUACCCAUACCGAGACUGGGUUCCGGGCCCUAUCAAUAGCAGAGCAUGGACAUUGCAAGAGCAUUUGCACUGGUUCUGUAAGGAGACAAGAGCCAGUGACGGUGGGCUAAGCCUAGAGCAGGCUAAGCCUAGCCCCUUCGACGUGACCAUGCUGAGCUUCUCCAUGGGUCGGGCUGCGAUAACUUCAACAUCCUGGGAAUUGUCUUGGAAAGACCUUCUUAGCUCUUACUUGUUCCGUGGCUUGACAAAUCCUAUGGAUCGACUCUCUGCAAUCUCGGCCGUUGGCGAAGAGCUUGCGAGAGUAAACCACACUUCAUUCGUGGCAGGAUUGUUUAAAGCCACAUUCGCUCACAAUCUUUGUUGGAAUCAAGUGAGGUCGUCCCCUAUCCAGCCACGGCCUGCAACAUAUCGCGCUCCGUCUUGGUCGUGGGCAGCUAUGGAUGGGCCUAUCCUUUUGUCUGAAGAGCAUCAAGAUUACACCAUUAUGGUAGAUAUUCUUGACUGCCAGGUCAUACUACUGUUUCCUCAGGCCAAGCAUGGCCCCAUCGGGUCUGCCUAUCUCGCGUUACUCGGCUGGGUCGCGCCAGCAAUCCUCAGCGCAAAGCCACCCGGUCAACACCGUCGGAUAAUGAUGGUGACAGCUGAGUGGUGGGAGGUGGUCGAUGAGAAGGACUUAGAUGCCACAGACCCGGAGCUUGAGAAAGGGGAGCCUAUAUCUAUCUGGCUUAUUUGGAUGCUGCGGGCUGCACCACCAGCUGCCUGCUUGAUGUUCUCAGGACUGAUGGUUGUGCCUGAUGGGACAAGUACUGAAAGGUUUCGACGAAUCGGGUACCACUCAUCUCGAGGAGCCCAGGCAUUAGAGACAGGAUAUGAUCGAGGAUUAGGCACCCGUAACCAACACAAAUUGACCUGGAGCGCUUUCCAGAGGCGGUUAAUCACAAUUGUGUAA